AUGGAACCGCCAUCAGCACCUCAUGUACAUAACUCACUCAGGCGGAACAACCGCCAUCACCAACAGCAGCAGCAGCAACAGCAACAGCAGCAGCAACAGCAGCCACAGAUCGAUAUGUCUUCAUCGGCAUCGUUAUCUUCGGGCUCAUCAUCAAUAAUACAACAGCAGCAUCAGAGAUCUCGUCGUGAACCUCGCAUCGCCCCUUUCUCGUCUGUUGGGCAGUUCUCUUUUGCUCCUACAACCCAGACUACGGUAGUUACUACAACGACUACUACGACCAUGUCGUUUCCACAACUGGUUAUGAAACCACCAAGAAAUCUUAAUGAACUUGACCCGAAGGAAUUCCCUUUGGCGGCCACUCCUACACCUUCAAACCUCAAAAGGUUAUGCUUUGACUUGAAUGGGAAGAGAACUCACUUUAGAGAGACUGAUGACCCCGAACAGUCCGUUAGAGAGCUCGAUCAACUCGUAUACAACCUCAUCAAAAACAACGGCGUGAUUAGGAAAGUGUCCCGAGGAGAAGAACAUGUUGAGGAAUCAAACCCUUUGACGAGUCCACCCACGUCAGCCACCAUUCCAUUUACCAGGAAAAGGCCUGCUUCCCCGGUGUCAAUAUCAGAGGCUGCUGAACGCGUAGCUACUAUGCAGAAGAGUAACAAGCGUCGCCAAACCGGAAAGCCGCGCAUAGGGACCACCAGCCCAAAGGUAAACACACCAUCACCUAGGAAACACCUGCGUUCCAGCCGAAAUGCUACCCCGGCGACCCCCACACGUCCCGAGAGUCAGCCUCCUACCGCAACAUUCGCUCCCAGGCCGUUCCGACCCGUCCAUCAACAACUUAGUCAACUGCAAAAUGCCCAGUCUGUAACGCCAGUCCAGACUCAUCAGCAAGAGACACCACUAACAUUAUCCCCUCGCCUCGGGACUAAGCCCUUAGACAUGGAUAACGAGGAUGCUGUUAUGAAUGCCGCGACUCCAACCCCUGGAGAAGAUGUUGAUUUGGAUGAUGCGUCUGAUGGAACGAUUGUGGCUGCAACCCCCCCCGAAGUUGACACCGAGGCUAUGGCAUCUAGUAACGAUAGUGCGGCUCAACCUCUUAGCCUACCAAGUCCUAGCCUAAGCCCGGUUACGGCAGCAUUAACUCAUGGCAACAGCUACUUUUCGGCGAUGGAUACAGACGACAUCAACUCACCACUUGAACUACCGCCGAGUGAAGAGGAUAUGAUGAUGGAUGAGUCAACCCAAUUAAUAUUGAGUCCACGAAGAGAGCAUAUGCAACUUCAAACUCCUAUGGAGCAAUACACGCCUGGACUGAUGGAAAUUCCUAAAAUGCUUGAUUCCUUUGAUGCAAUGCCAUCAGCUGUCAAGACUUAUAUAAUGUACCAACUUCUCCGCCGAUGUUCAAAGAGUACCCUCCAAACAGUUGCCGAAGUCGUUAAUCCUGCGCUGAAAUGCGACUUCCUGACGCUACUACCCCCCGAACUAUCCUUAAACGUCAUCAAGUAUCUUGAUGUUCAAAGUCUUUGUAAUGCUGCUCAGGUUUCUAGGCGGUGGAGGGUUAUCGUGGACUCGGAUGAGUGGACCUGGAAAAAAUUGUUUGACGAUGAUGGUUAUGUCUUGGCAGAAGGAGAGCUGGAUCGUGCAGUGAGAGAAGGGUGGGGAUACCAGGAUCCCCAGGGUAAUGACGACUGCGAAAGGGAUAUUAAUGCAGGUCUUGUCCCAAGUCGAUCAGGCCGUCACUCUAGUGGUGGUAACUCGGCGUUCACAACACCUCCACCCAUGGGAAGGCAGAAGAAAAAGAUUAAUACUAGAGCUAACUCAAAAAGACAACAAAAGAAACGGGAGGCUGUGGAAACCCUAUGCAAGGAAGAUUUCAACGAAAUAAUAUCUGAAAUCAUCUCAAAUUCCGUGGGUCCAAACGCGGCGGCACAUGCGGCCGAGAAGGCUGGAUCAAAGGCUUCAGUUGGGCUGCCUUCGCUGAGGAAUCUACACCUGUUCAAAUCGAUUUAUCGCAGACACCACAUUAUCCGCCGCAGCUGGAUUCGCCCGCAAGUAAAACCAAGGCAUAUCUCCUUCCGCGGUCACCAACGUCAUGUAGUUACUUGCCUACAGUUUGACACGGAUAAGAUUUUGACAGGCUCCGAUGAUACCAAUAUCAACGUGUACGAUACCAACACGGGUGCAUUGCGAAACAAGCUUGAGGGACAUGAAGGUGGUGUUUGGGCUCUGCAGUAUGAAGGAAACACACUUGUAUCUGGAUCCACUGAUAGGACUGUGAGGGUAUGGGAUAUCAUCAAGGGAGAGUGCACGCAGAUAUUUCAUGGCCACACCUCAACUGUCCGCUGCUUACAAAUCCUUAUGCCGACCAAGAUCGGGGUGAAGGCGGAUGGCAAGGAUCUAAUUAUGCCGAAAGUGCCUAUGAUAAUUACUGGAUCUCGUGAUUCGACUUUGCGAGUAUGGAAACUUCCAAUGACAGGUGAUAAGACCUAUUUGCCUGGAAGAGAUGGACAGGAUGGUGAUGCCUUUUUGAACCCUAACAACAACCCAUACUUUGUCCGCACCCUUUCUGGACAUCAGCACUCUGUUCGCGCGAUUUCUGCUUAUGGAGAUACCCUUGUGAGUGGUAGUUAUGACUACUCUGUUAAGGUAUGGAAAAUAUCAACGGGAGAGACGGUUCACACCCUUCGAGGGCAUUCCCAGAAAGUUUACAGCGUCGUACUGGAUCAUAAACGCAACCGCUGUAUUAGUGGAAGCAUGGACAACCUGGUUAAAAUUUGGUCACUCGAUACUGGAUCGCCAAUUUACACGCUCGAAGGACACACCCAGCUCGUCGGUCUAUUGGACUUGAGCCACGAUAGACUCGUAUCAGCUGCUGCAGACACAACACUGAGAAUCUGGGAUCCGGAAACCGGCCAGUGCAAACAGACACUUGCAGCCCACACUGGAGCCAUCACCUGUUUCCAGCAUGAUGGCCAUAAGGUCAUUUCUGGUUCUGAUAAGACGGUCAAAAUGUGGAAUGUGCAGACUGGAGACUUCAUUAGAGAUCUCUUGACGGAUCUGAGUGGAGUUUGGCAGGUGAAGUUCAAUGAACGAAGAUGUGUUGCAGCUGUGCAGAGGGAGGAUGUUACUUAUAUCGAGGUGCUGGAUUUUGGUGCUGCUAGAGAUGGGGUUCCCGAAGAAAAGAGAGGACGCAGGAUCGUCGUUGACAUUAAUGGUCGGGAAAUUACUGAUGGAAAUGACACCAUGGAUGAAGGUGGUGAUGAUUUUGAAUAA